AUGGGUCUUCUGUACACCAGCUCUAACGGCAAAAUUAUGACAGCACCUAUCCACACCAAGGCCAUUGCUCAGACCAAAAUGGGCCUAGCCCAUAUUGAGGACUUGUGGAAAGCGCAAGCUGAAGUCCAGGCUGGAUGUCGAGUUAUUAAAACUCGCCUCAAGUCUCACCACAAGGGGCGAGAGAUCUGGCCUCAUAAGAUUCAGCAGGCUGUGAUCGAGCUACAAUCCUCACUGAGAUUUCUCGAAGAAAAGGCGCGUGCUCUUUUCCCAGCAAGAGUUCCGACAAGGCUACAAGUCGUUUGGGAGCAGAAGUUUUUCAACAUCACUCACCGUCUCGAUGAGAAUGUGCAAAUGCUCCACAACACGGCACCCGGCAUGGAUCCUAUCUACUAUACUAUUGGCAAGCUUGACGAAAUUUUGGCGCCAUUGCAAAACUUCAAGUUCACUGAAGACCAGUUAACUGGAAGGAAUAGCGGCCCGGCCAAAUACGAGCCGGAGAUGUGGCGUCGAUGGCAGUGCAAGAUCAAUGACGAGCUCAAUAACUUUGAAUAA